AUGGGACAACUAUUAUCACAUCCAUUGACUGAAAAAUCAAUUAUUUACAAUGAUUACAAGCAUUGUACGAAAUUGUUAGAAUCAAAUCAUAGAAAUUCAAUUACAGUAGAUGACGACAGUAAAUAUCAAACUCCUAGAUAUUUCAAUUGUAUAGGUUCUAUGCAAGGGUAUAGAUUAACUCAAGAAGAUGCGCAUUUAAUUGUUAAUGACAACUAUAAUGAUUCGAGUCAACUACAAUACGUUCAAUUUUAUAACCCUUUUAAGGAUAAAAUGGAAAAUUUGAAGCUUUCAAUAUUUGGUGUGUUUGAUGGACAUGGAAGUGAUGAAUGCUCAAAUUUCAUUAGUGGAGAGUAUGGAAGACAACUAUGCAAUAAUAAUAACGGUAAUGGCAAGAAAAAUAAGAAGAAGAAGAAUUCAGAUGAUAAAAGCAAUAAAGAUAUCGAUUCAGAUGAAGAUUUCGUACCUGCAAGUGAACAAUAUAAACAAGGGUUAGCAAAAUGGAUAAAAUACAGUUUUGAAAAUCAUUUAUAUGGGGUAGAAGGUAUAUUAAUAAAAGGUAGAAAAGUCCAAAGAGGGUUUAAGACUUUAGAAGGUUUAAUUUCACAAAUUCUUAAGGAUUCCUAUAUGUUACAAGAUCAAGAAUUAUUCAAGUAUUAUUCAAGAAGCUCAUCGGGUUCUACAGCAGUCGUUGCUAUUAUUAUUAAUGACAAAAAUUUGUAUGUAGCCAACUGCGGUGAUUCUAGAUGCGUUUUAUCGUCAAAAUCAAAUGGUACAAAAACUAUGUCAUUUGACCAUAAACCACAACAUAUUGGUGAACUUUUACGUAUUAAUGAUAAUGGUGGUACAGUUUCAUUAGGGAGGGUUGGUGGUGUUUUGGCAUUAAGUAGAGCAUUCGGUGAUUUUCAAUUCAAAAGAAAUAUUGUAUAUAAUAAAACCACGCCGGUACAAGUCCUUCAAAAUAUGAAUGGUUCUGAAGAAGCAGAAGGCAGUGAAGGAGGUAUAUUAAAACAUACUGGCAUUCCAGCUCAAGAGUCUCAAGUUACUGUUGAACCAGAUGUACUAAUGCAUAAAAUAAAUUAUUCAAAGGACGAAUUUCUAGUGCUGGCAUGUGAUGGUAUUUGGGAUGUCUACAGCAAUAAACAAUUGGUAAACUUUAUUAAAUAUCAUUUGACACUAGGAAUAAAAUUAGAUUCAAUCAUAACUAAAUUAUUAGACCACGGUAUUGCCCAAGCCAAUAGCGAUACUGGUAUUGGUUUUGAUAACAUGACAGUCAUAAUUGUGAUAUUAAAUAAACCAGGUGAAUCUUUAUCAGAUUGGUAUGCCAAAAUGAAAGCAAGACUAGAAAGAGAAAAAGGUAUUGUUUAG